AUGCAUACUUCACAAUCGGCGCAACAAUCCGCACGGAUGGCGAACUCUAGUCGGCGAGUUGGUAGAUCUCGCAGCAUUUCGAGCGAUGGACCUUCGACGGCUAGCACUUCCACGGGUUUACUCUCUCCGCCUCUCUCAAUCUCACCAGAGCCAGUUUACAUUGCCUCUUCAGCGGCUUCACAAAUCGUUACGAAUGACCAUGAUAGCACAGCGGAUGCUUGGCUUGAUCAACAUGGAAUUAAGCCCUCGGGAGAAACUGCAUUAGUAUCAACCGCUGCUCUCAAACUUGUCAAUACAUUUCUUGACCAACUUGUACUAAAUUUCCUCUCGGCAUCGAAAUCAACUUCACUGGUAUCAUUACGCCCAGCUGUUACUGAGGUUCUGAAGCCGAGACUUGCAAGAGACGCCGUUAGAGGAGCCGAUAGUGAGCUUCGAGAAUAUUUGGGUGGAAGUGGAGAUGAUGAAUUAUUGUCAUCCGAGAGGGAAGGCCAAUCAAGCCGAGAUUGGGACCUCGAACUGGUGUGGAAGCGUACGAGAUUGAGGUGUAUGGUUUAUUCAUCAUUGGGGGAUAUGGAAGAAGAAGACGAGGAUCGAUAUACAGCGCAAGAGCAUCUCAAUGGUUCCUUAGAAUCUGGGGAUCGUGAGAAUGAAACCGGAAUCGUCUCUCCAGCUGUUGCUAUCUUCUUAACGUCUAUAUUGGAAUUCAUGGGUGAACAGAUACUUAUUGUAGCAGGACAGGCGGCCUAUACCCGACUUCGCAUGAAAUAUGAGCAAGAGGAGCGCGAUGGCACUAUUAGACAAACUGAUAUCGCGGAACGUGUAGUCGUAGAGGAUAUUGAUAUGGAGCGAGUCGGAUCGGAUCGAAUAUUGGGAAAACUUUGGAAAGACUGGAAAAAGCGCGUCCGUUCCUCAACAAAUUCAGAGUCCAUGAGUCAUUCACAUUCUUCGAGAGAAAUUACGGGCAAUUCAGCACGGCCUAUCUCGGAGCCAGCCCAAGCGGCCAGUAUCUCUUCAAGUGAUGACGGGGAACUACGAGAAACAUCGUUCGACGCUUUGGCUAAGCACGAACAAGCUGCUAUGGUUCCAUUGCCAAUGACUGUGGACGAUGUUAGAGAGAUUGAAAUACCAGGACUAGUCCCACAAAGUGAUAAUGAAGAAGAAGAUGAUGCUUCAGAGACAGAAUAUUUACCCUUUUCUCGGCGACCGAAGAGUAUGGUGAUUUUCACGAAUGCAUCGCACAAUCUUCCUACACCUAAUUCUUCCCAACCACCAACCCCGAUUUUCGCCGCUAGCCCUUCAAAGUCGAGAAAACGUGCAAACUCGUUACCGCCUCCCAUCCCAUCUGCAGUUACGUCACUUUUCUCCCGAGAUACCAAGGAAGCAGUUUCGCGCGAGGAGGACUCGAUGAGCCCACCCCAAAUUGGAGCCGCGGUCAUGAAUGGCACGAUCACUCCCGCAGAAUCUGAGAAAGAUGUAGGGGAAGAAGAUGAAGAAGUUUUAAGUAAAGGAAAGAGUGCUGUACCGGAAUCGAAGCAUGAGCUCGCGGAUGACACCACGGAAUUUGAUGACACGAGUAAGGAUAUGGAUUCCGAUUUCGAAUUUGUUGAGGAACCGCAAAUCAUGACUUCCUCACGUAUCUCUUUUGGUGGUCGAGUUUCUCCCGAUGAUAGAGAUUCCUCUUCACGUUCCAGCCUACACUCUAAUGCUCAAUCACCAAGUAUUCAUUCACUGCGUUUGAUUGAUGUUAACACAGCGAAGAGUCCUACAACAAGGUCACGCCAAGACCCCUUUGAUGCGACAGAUUUCAUUCCUGGGCGAGGUGCCUCGAUGUCUCGUCCUACUAGUAUCCAUUCACCUAUUAUAACAGAACUUUCUUCUCGAGGAACAAGCCCGCACUUUAGGAGCUCGAAUAGUUCUCCAUUAGCUCGAACUGGCUCCAACUUAAGCUCAAUGCCUGUCAAGACAACUACCGACUCGAUAUCCGAGGUGGAUGAAAGGGAAUUAGCUGGAGAUGACUCUCCAUUGACAGCUGUACCAUCAGAGCUUGCAGCUGCAAUGCAGGGAGUUGACGUAGAUCCUAGUCCUAUGUCUCAGAACUAUCCUUCCUUUAAACCCGCGGCCUUUAUAUCGACACCAUUUGUGCUCGCCGCCCCUCCAACCCCACAGAAUUACCGAGAAAACAUGAAAGGAGCCGCCAGGCAACAAGCUAAUAAGAGCCAAUCACUGAGUGGCUUCUCGAACUCGAAUAUUCGAGGAAUUGAGCAAGAUGGUCAAAUGACACAUCAGGGUGCAAAGAACUCAUUUGAGCCACCUCCAAGGUCGGUCUCUCGUACAAUGGCCAAUUCUGUGAAUGAAAAUCCAACAGUUCUGCCAAUUGUAAAAGAGAGCAGUUCUCCGGGGAUGUUCAAGAGUAUCCCUCGUUCAUCUUCAGUGCGUCGUACUUCAUCUCCGCGCUCUGUGGGUGAGGAAGUAUCACGCAAGGCCAUACUUGAAACCCAGCACAAAGCCCAUCAACCCUCUUGCACAUCCAGUGUCAUUUCCUCUUCUACUCCUCGUGACAGACAACGACGAGUAUCUCAAGAAAGUGGUGUUUCGGCGAUGAGCAGUGUUGGCGAUUCAAAGUCGUUUGAAGAAUUAAUUCGAGGAGGCGAGACCAUUCAAUACACAUUAACACCACAAAACAUGCGUGCUAUUGAAAGUCCAGAUUCCCCAUUGAGUUUGACAGCCAUUCCCGUCCCCCGAUCUGCUUCCGGACGCACACAUUCACCAUCAGUGAGCAAGCACACUGGAUUGCACUCCCAUCCUCCUAGUGGCUCCUUAAAAGGUCCUAAUGUCGCACCAAGAGAUGCAAGAACUGAUCAAGAUUCACUGGGAGAUUUCUCUGAUUUCAUUCGAUCCACAGGUCCCGCAAUUCCUUUGAAGAGGGAAGGAAUUCACUCACGAUCAAGUUCAAGCGCCGCGAGUGAUAUUGCUCGACCGCUAAUAACCAGUAAUCUCCACAAAGGAACCAAUGGGACCCCGAGAAACGUUAGUGGCUCAAUACCUCGUGUGGGUCCCGUUGCCGCUCUUCCCGCACGAGCGGCAUCAUCUGCUGGUCGAUCGGGCAGACCAAAUAAAUUACAACCUCGUGAUGCCACCGUAGGCAAAGAUUCUAUCACCGAUCUUAUCGACUUUGUAAGGGCCGGUCCUGAUGAAGUUGGCGGUCAUCGUAUACCACGUACUGUUGCUCCGUUUAGAUCUACAAUGGACUCUGAUCAAAUGUCUGGUUUUGCCGGUGGUAAGGCUAUAGAUGCAUCUCUACCUGAUGCUAGAUACAGCCAAUCAUCUACCUACGCACCCACAAAUCAUUCCUCGGUUACUUCACAGACAGGACUCCUAAACAGCUCUAAUAAGGCGAACAAGCCCAUGCCCACGCAAGGUGGUAUGAAUUUCGACGACGAUGAAGAUAUGAUGCCGAAACGAAAGACACGAAGAGUGAGGGAUCCAUAUGCUAUUGACUUCAGUGAUGAAGAAGAUAGUGAAUUCGAACAUUCCUCUAGACCGGCACCCAUACAAGAAGAAUCCUUGGCCGACUUCCUACGAAAUGUACCUCCACCACCUUCACCGAAGAUGACUUCUGUCUUUGCAGAAGCUCAAAAGCCGCCUAAGAAAAAGCCCAGCUUUUCUUCGCGUUUCACUAGAAGUGGCUCUAUUUCUCAGGUUCAGCAACACAAAACAUCACAUUCAAUGUCAUCCCGUACGACAUCCACGAAACAUACACCUUCUGCUUCAAUUAAUCAUCAAUUUAAUGCUCCUGCUGGUGGCAGUACUCAUGAAAAUUAUUCCCAACAAUCCGAAGUUCCGAGAGCAACUUCAAACUCCAAUGUCAUUAGGAAACCUUAUGAAUCUCGCGAACCUGUUCCAGUGAAAUUCAGAUCUCAAACAAGUGAUCUGGCAGACUUUUUACGAAACUCGGAACCACCUCCAUCCGUAGAACCUAAACCUUUUGUUCACGCAAAGGAGGAAAGUACAUUCGCAAGUCGAUUCUUUGGAAGACGUAAGAAGAGCACUGCUGGAUUUUAA